CGCUCGGGCAGCCUGAAGAUCAACCUCCCGACCUGGCUCACGCUCGUGCGCGUCGCCGCGGUGCCGGUCGUCACCGCGAUCUUCUACGCGCGCGGCGCGUGGGUGUGCCCGACGUGCUGCGUCAUCUUCGUCGCCGCCGCCGUCACGGACUGGGCGGACGGGUACCUCGCGCGGAAGCUGAACCUCGUGUCGUCGUUCGGCGCGUUCCUAGACCCGGUCGCGGACAAGCUCAUGGUCGCCGCGGCGUUGGUGUUGCUCUGCACGAUCCCACCCGCGGGCGUUCCCGCGUGGCAGGUGGCGGCGCCGGCGACGAUCAUCAUCGGUCGCGAGAUCACGAUGAGCGCGAUUCGCGAGUGGGCGGCCGCGGCCGGCGGCGAAGCGCACGGCGCCGUCGCGGUGAACUCGUACGGGAAGUGGAAGACCGCGACGCAGCUCGUCGCGAUCAGCGUGUUGCUCGGCGUGAGGGACGGGACGGCGUGGAUGGGACUCGCCGACGGGAGCGCCGCGGCGUCGGCGGUCGUGACCGGCGGCGUGUGGUGCCUG